AUGGCCACUACUACGAACAACGGCGCUGUCGACCAGCUUGCCAACGACUUGAGCAACGCUUCGCUCAACGGCACUGACUCCAAGAACGCCCCCGCCAUCAACACCAACGUUGAGUCCGGUGCUCAGGGCGAGAAUGCCGAUGCGGGCCCUACUCCCAGCUCCGCUGCCCCCCACCCUCAGGCCUCUGCUUCCCUCUACGUCGGCGAGCUCGACCCUUCUGUCACUGAGGCCAUGCUCUUCGAGCUUUUCUCCCAGAUCGGCUCCGUUGCUUCCAUUCGUGUCUGCCGUGACGCGGUUACCCGCCGCUCUCUCGGCUACGCCUAUGUGAACUACAACACCACCUCCGACGGUGAGAAGGCUCUUGAGGAGCUCAACUACACCCUCAUCAAGGGCCGCCCCUGCCGCAUCAUGUGGUCUCAGCGUGACCCUGCCCUGCGCAAGACCGGCCAGGGCAACGUCUUUAUCAAGAACCUUGACGUCGCCAUCGACAACAAGGCUCUCCACGACACCUUCGCUGCUUUUGGUAACAUUUUGAGCUGCAAGGUUGCCCAGGACGAGAACGGCAACUCCAAGGGUUACGGAUUCGUUCACUACGAGACCGACGAGGCUGCCGCUCAGGCUAUUAAGCAUGUCAACGGUAUGCUUCUCAACGAGAAGAAGGUGUACGUCGGCCACCACAUCCCCAAGAAGGACCGCCAGAGCAAGUUCGAGGAGAUGAAGGCCAACUUUACCAACGUCUACGUCAAGAACAUCAGCGGCGAGGUCACCGAUGAGGAGUUCCGUGAUCUCUUUGCCAAGUUCGGCGAUGUCACUUCUUCCUCCCUCGCCCGCGACCAGGAGGGCAAGAGCCGUGGCUUUGGUUUCGUCAACUUCACCACCCACGAGAGCGCCGCCAAGGCCGUCGAGGACCUCAACAACAAGGACUUCCGCGGACAGGACUUGUAUGUUGGCCGAGCCCAGAAGAAGCACGAGCGCGAGGAGGAAUUGCGCAAGUCUUACGAAGCUGCUCGCCUGGAGAAGGCCAACAAGUACCAGGGCGUCAACCUGUACAUCAAGAACCUCGACGAUGAGGUUGAUGACGAGAAGCUGCGCCAGCUUUUCGCCGACUUCGGCCCCAUCACCUCCGCAAAGGUCAUGCGCGACACUCCUUCCGACUCUAAGGAGGACGAGGAGGAUUCCUCUGAGGAGAAGGAGACUAAGGAGGAGGAGAAGGAGGAGACUAAGGAGGCUGAGAAGGAGGCCGAGGACAAGGAGGCCGAGGACAAGAAGUCCGACAAGAAGUCCGAUAAGAAGCUCCAGGGUAAGAGCAAGGGCUUCGGUUUCGUCUGCUUCAGCAACCCCGACGAUGCCACCAAGGCCGUUGCCGAGAUGAACCAGCGCAUGGUCCACGGCAAGCCUCUCUAUGUCGCUCUGGCCCAGCGCAAGGAUGUUCGCAAGAGCCAGCUUGAGGCUAGUAUCCAGGCUCGCAACCAGCUCCGCAUGCAGCAAGCCGCCGCCGCCGCCGGUCUGCCUCAGCAGUACAUGCAGCCUCCUGUCUUCUACGCCGCUGGCCAGCAGCCCGUCUUCCCCCAGGGUGGACGUGGCAUGCCCUUCCCUCAACCCGGUAUGGCCAUGCCUGCCGUUCAGGGCGGACGUCCCGGCCAGUUCCCUGGCGGCUACCCCCAGCAGGGCGGACGUGGAGUUCCCCAGCAGAUGCCUCCUGUCUACGGCAUGCCCGGACAGUUCCCUCCUGGCGCUCCUUACCCCCAGGCCGGCAACCCUCAGUUCCUCGCUGCCAUUCAGCAGGUUCAGCAGGCUACCAUGAACGCCGGUGGUCGCGGUGGUCCUCAGGGCGGCCGUGGUCCCGUUCCUCCUAUGGCCGGCAUGCCCGGUCCCGGCAUGCCCGGCUUCCCUCCCAACGCCCGCCAGGGUGGCAACCAGCCCGGUGCCGGUCGCGGUGCUAGCCCUAACGCCCCUCGCAACAACGCCCCCUUCCCCCAGGGUGGCCGCGCUGCCCCCGGCCAGGAGGCCAACGGCUCCAGCCUCAUCCAGCAGCAGCUCAGCGCUGCCGCCGGUAACCCAGGCCAGCAGAAGCAGAUCCUCGGUGAGGUCAUCUUCCCCAAGAUCCAGGCCAUGCAGCCUGAGCUUGCUGGCAAGAUCACCGGUAUGCUUCUCGAGAUGGACAACGCUGAGCUUGUCAACCUCAUCGAGGAGGAGUCUGCCCUCAAGGCCAAGGUCGACGAGGCCCUUGGCGUCUAUGAGGAGUACAUCAAGGCCCAGGGUGGUGAGGAGGGCGAAAAGAAGGCCGAGGAGACCAAGGCUUAA